AUGGGUAUUUCUCGCGACUCCCGCCACAAGCGCUCGGCCACCGGUGCGAAGAGGGCCACCUACCGCAAGAAGAGGGCGUUCGAGAAGGGUCGCCAGCCCGCCAACACUCGUAUUGGCUCGAAGAGAAUCCACCUCGUCCGCACCCGUGGUGGUAACCGCAAGUUCCGUGGCCUCCGUCUCGACUCGGGUAACUUCUCGUGGGGAUCUGAGGGUAUUUCCCGCAAGACCCGUGUCCUCGUCGUGGCCUACCACCCCUCCAACAACGAACUGGUCCGCACCAACACCCUGACCAAGUCCGCCGUCGUCCAGAUUGAUGCCGCUCCCUUCCGCCAAUGGUAUGAGGCUCACUACGGCCAGGGCAUCGGCCGGAGACGCCAGCAGAAGACCGAGACCACCGAGGAGAAGAAGAGCAACAGCGUUGUGAAGAAGCAGGCCGCCCGCUUCGCCGAGAGCGGCAAGGUCGAGGCCUCCAUCGAGAGGCAGUUUGAGACCGGUCGUCUGUACGCCGUCAUUGCCUCCCGCCCCGGCCAGAGCGGUCGUGUGGAUGGAUACAUUCUGGAGGGUGAGGAGUUGGCUUUCUACCAGCGUGCGAUCAGGAAGUAA